AUGGCUUCUCCCAUCGUCGAUGUUUACGUCAAAAUGCCGACUGGCAGAACCUCAGCGUUUGCUCUCAUACUGACAGACAGUGCCAACAAAAUCUACGAGAAGGUUGGCGAAGAGGAAGGUGUGUCAGGGAGACGUAUUCGCCUGAAAUAUCAGGGCAAACUAAUCGAUAGAACUAAGACCAUUGGUUACCUAGGAAUCAGACCAGAAACCAUACUAAAAGGGGAGGUUGUGUUGGCUAAAACAAUAUCCGUUAUUUUGAGGUUUGAAGACGGCCAUACAAUCUCAAUGGAUGUUCAAAACGUAGACAGUGUAUCUAGCAUCAAAUCCUAUAUACACGAAGUGAAAGACAUUCCAACUGCAAAAAUAAUGCUAAAGCUUGCCGGUCAACCAAGAACGAUGCAGAAUGACCAGCUAUUGUUUGAGACAGGCCUGAAGGAGGAAUCAAUCAUAGAGGUCAACGAUUUAACUAAGGCCAAACCCUCUGACAGUUCUACUACUACAAAUGAGGAAACGUCUGAAGCUUUGAAAGAGGACGUACUUGCUAGUUUUGAUACUGGUGGUAAAAAUGUAGAAGUCGUUUUCUGUUUCGACACAACAGGAAGUAUGUCUUGCAACCUUGAGAAGGUGCGACAGAACAUUAAGGACACGUGCACUCGACUUAUCCGAGACAUCCCUGGGAUUAGGAUAGGUAUCAUGGCUCACGGGGACUACUGUGACCAGGAUGUUUAUGUCAUCAAGUCGAUCGACCUGACAUCGGAUGUAGCUCAGCUUGUCCAUUUUGUCACGAACACGCCAUCAACUUGCGGCGGAGACAGUCCCGAGUGCUAUGAGUGGGCCCUGCGAAAGGCACAACAACUGGACUGGUCAGAGAAUUCAGCUAAAGCGUUUGUGGUCAUCGGCGAUUGUGAGCCCCAUCCGCCUUCUUACACUGACCAGCACAUCAACUGGAGGGACGAAAUGGAGGUCUUAAAAGGAAUGGGAGUCAAGGUAUAUGGAGUCCACUGCCAGACGUACAGUAGCACCGCAGAAAACUUCUACGGUCUGCUAUCAGAGGAGACGGGCGGAUGUCUGCUUAAACUUGUCCACUUUAGUCUCAUCACAGAAAUGUUCUUGGCUGUGUGUUAUCGGGAGGCUGCACCAGAACAACUAGAGGCGUACACAGAAGAACUGGAACAAGAGGGAAAGUUGUCGGGAGAUACGAAAGAACUUAUGAAACAACUGGACACUAAACCAGAAGACAUGGCAGGAGAGGAUAGGGAUAAGGAGAAAUCCGCCACAAAGCAGAGGUAUGUGAGUGCCGCCUGGUGGGAUGUAAGUCUGGACAAGGACCAAAUUCCUAAGUAUGAAUACGAUGCACAGAAUGACAGAUGGACUGCCUAUCGGUCUAAAACACCGGCAUUCUCUCCGAUGCUUCCAGCUUCCACAUCUGUACCCGUUAGUAAUACGAAAACGAAAAGGAGAACUCAGGGGAAAUGUAGCAUAAUGUAA